CUCCAAGAUUAAGAUUGCACUUUGCAGCUGGUAAAGCGUCCUUUAAUACUCAGUCGUUUUUUGCGAAAUCUGGUGCGUUGAUAGUCCUAGCCUGUACACUGUAUCUUACUUUAUACCUGCAACAGUAUAUCCCGUUUGAGGAGUUUGUUGGCAGUACUAAGAAGAAGGAAGAAGGUUAACCUGAUUCCAGGGAACUCUUGCUAGACUCCUGAUUCAAGGUGUGCAGUGAUGGAUGCUGAGGAGAUCAAGCCCCACCCUGAAGCUGGAGACCAUGGAGGAGGAACGAAUGAAGCAAAGAAGGCUGCAGUCGACGACACCAAUCCAAAAGAUGCCGUCAUCAAUGCAUGUAAUGGCUCUGUGGAUCAUGGUGCCGAUGCUGAGGACGAAGGUGAUGACAGUGACAUGCCGCCACUGAUCGACUCUUACCCAAGCGAGCCAAUGUCCACCGCCGUCACAAAUGGUGACAAAGCCCCAGACGAGGCCAGCCCAACCACCGAAACCAAGGACGGUGAACCCCCUGAGUGGAUGGACGUUAUAGGUAAUGGUCAGCUGAUGAAGAAAAUCUUGAGGGAGGGCCAGGGAGCAGCUUCGCGACCACAGAGGGGCGAAAUGGUCACCUUGAAGAGCAAGGGAUUGUUGGAAGACGGGACAGAAGUGGAUUGCCACGAAGCAAUCAGCUUUGUACUUGGAGAAGGCGAUGUUGUUAGUGCAUGGGAUCUGUGUUUAUCGCUAAUGGAUCUGGGCGAAGUUUCCAUCAUCAAGACUAGUCCACGUUUUGCGUAUGGUGAAACGGGCAGAGCUCCCGAUGUACCUCCCAAUGCAGAGGUCACCUAUGAGUUGGAGCUGCUGAACGUACAGCCAGCACCAGACCUCGAGGAAAUGACAGUUGAGGAAGUUUGUUCCACGGGAGACAAGAAGAGAGAGAGAGGUAACGAACUUUUCUCCAGGAAGGACUACUCUGGAGCUAUCAACUCGUACUCAAAGGCACUGAAGCUGUUGGAAAAAGCAAAGGUUUCUGAUGAUAACGGAUCAAAACAAGCUGUGAUGGAGCUUAGGGUGAAAUGCUACAACAACCUUGCAGCAGCCCAGCUGAAGAUCGAUGCUUAUGAAGCUGCUCUGAAGUCAUGUAAUAACGCUCUGGAGGCAGAACCUGAAAAUGUCAAGGCGCUCUUUAGGAAAGGCAAAGUCCUUGCAAGUCAGGGCGACUAUGAGCAAGCAGUUAAGACAAUGAAGGAAGCUCUGUCACGAGAACCGUCAAAUAAAGUCAUCCAUCAUGAGCUGUCCCGACUGACAAACCGUGAGACCAAGGAACGUCACUCAGAGAAGCAGCUCUACCAGCGCAUGGUGAGCGACAUGGCCAGUGUCACUAAGAUCACCCCAAGACGACGAAUGAAUAAGUGGUUGUUCCUCGGACUGACGAUUGGUGUAGUCAUCUUGGCCGUCCUAGCUGCUCUUGCAACUCAACAAUUCCAACCAGAGAGCUGAUGAGACAAAGCUGGAGUCCAUACUCGUUUCCAGUGAUGCAGGUACCAAGAGAAGGCUCGGGGACAACUUUGUAGACAUGCUAAGUGCACAAUCUGGAGGAGCACGGACAAGGCUGAUUCUGAAUCGUCUGGCUGGGGCUUGCUACAGCAAGUAUCCAUAGGAAGUGGCUAUUAGCUCCCAGAAGCCCACACAAUAUUGCUAGCCACAGCCAUACAUAUAACUUUCAGCUGUGAAUGAAGUUUUGCUUAGCAAACCAGGCCACUGACCAAAUUGUCACAUUGGGUUUCUGCCUGAUACUGUUUCACAGCUGAUUGGUGAAAUUUUGUUUCUGCUCUGCAACUCUAUAAAGUUGACCCUGCAUAUAAGUCAAAGACUUUAUUCAUGGGGUCGGCCACAUUCAAAUUGAAAUCACUAAAGUUGGAAUUUGAGAGUAGAAAUGAAAGCAGUAAAGUGAACUUUCUUGGCAAAUCAGGACCUUUCUACUAUGAUGAAUAAUUUCAUAUUCGUUAUCAAGCAUUCAAUGGUUUAGGCCAGAUUUUGAAAAAAUAUUGAUGGGAGGUUUUGACAGGAAACCAGUCACAAAAAUAGUCUGGUAUCAUCCAAAUCAACAAAUUACAGUACAUGUAUGUGAAUCAGAUUGUGGGAACAAUAUCAAAAAUGGCAUCCAAGUGAGUUAAAUCUGUUGCCACCAGUAAAUACUCAUUCCAUUGCUCCUUUGAUACCCCUCGGGGCCACAAUGCAGUCCUCAACCUACCCCCCCCUCCCGGGGCAACAAUGUAGUCCUCAACCUAUGCAAAAGUAUGCAUAGAAGUCAUUUUACUGGUGUGUAGCAGCAGCGGGAUAGCUGGGGAGGGGGUGGGACUGGGGGGGGGGGACAUCCCACAAAAGGUCAUAGCUCUCCUGCCCCAUUACCCCACCACUGGACUUGUGAGAAGCAAACAGAGUGAUAGUCCCACUUGCCCCCAAGAGUUAGAAUCCUGGUUAUGCUGAUGGUUUGUAGCUGAGUGUGUCACAAGUGCCUUCAAAUGCAGCUUAAGUCAUUCAGUCUUAAGCCAAGUCACAGGCUCUUCAAACCUGGGACAUAAGCAUUUUCUUUGGCAUCAUAUGCCCUCUUGCUAGCUCACGUGUAAGGAAUUUUAACUGGACGUGUAAAGAGACUUGUGAUGGGCACAACUACAGCACAUUAGUUGGGCUAGUUUUACGUAGAAACUUCAGAGUCUUUUCUGAGCGUGCAAGGUAACCUGUGUUGUACCUGCACUACCACAGUACCCAUCUUAGUUUGGUUCCAAUCAAACACUUUCCCCUACACCAUACCAAAAAUUUACAUUUUUAAUUUUAAAGAAUUUUCUGAUUUUGGAUCAGUGUUUGGACUAAACUCUCUGAGGUUUUUCUGUUCCUGCUGGCUUUUGAUUUUUUUUUGCCAUGAUCACAAUACUUUCAGAUAUCAAAUGAGAAUGUGGACUUAACUGGCUUGGGUGGUUUGAAUUCUAUAAUUUAAUGUAGUUUCUGAAAUCUUGAUGCCAAGAACGACUGAAACAUUUACAUAGGUUGCUUUUAUUACAGAAUUUGUCUCUUUCACAUUGAAGGUGCUUUUGAUAUGAAAAAAAAAACAUUGAUGGCAUGAAGUCUGUCCUUGAUCUUCAAGACUUAUGAAUACAUCUACUCGGUGUUUAUUGGCAUGAGGUAGAUGCACAGUUGUAUGUGAACCAGGAACUGGCAGCAUUAAGUCUGAGGGACAACCAUUUCUCAAUUACUGGUCGAUUUUCCCUGGUAACGUGUGCACAGAAUGUGCCCAGACUACCAGGCAAAAUUACCAGCGGUUGACAGAGCUUUGUUGUUCAAACUUAAACAUUUUGUGGGCCGUGAGACCAGUAAGGCUCUUGAGGCCUGAAAAAAAGGUCAUGAAAAGUCUCCUUGUUUUAAUUUCCAGGUAGUUAGAAGUCUUCAAAAUUGUUUUUUGUACUGGCAAAAGUCCUGGAAACGUUUUGAAAUCCUAUGAGGACUACUUAUUUCAGCAUUUGCAUAAUCGUAAUACAUUUAUAGUGUUAGAAAAUGGAGUUUUCUAUAUGACAAAAACAUUAAAUUUUGCCCAUACAAGUAUUUUGAUUUAUGUGUAUUCUGCUUUUUUAAUUCUACAAUCGUUUUAAAAUGUCAGCGACCCAAAUUCACGUAGUACAUGUAUUUUCAUAUGAUUGAUCCAAGAUCAUAGAACUCAGUCCCUACGUCUGUACGGGUCGUGCAGAUUUGUUUAAAUGCUCUUGGAUGUGUGAUUGGACUUCGGCUUUGUCAGGAUGGUUGUGAGCGCAUUUCGUUGCAGACAUUUGUCAGUAAAAAGAGAAAGACUUCAUUGUUUGUAGGAAUUUCAUUUCGGUAGAAAUAGAGAAAUUAGGUUAACUGAUAUUUGGGAUGUUUUGAUUUUGUUAUACGUUUUGCAGGGAGUGGUUAAAAAACACCUGGUGCAUUAUGAUACAAUGCAUGCGCAUUGAUGUUUGGUUUAAGCCUUAAACUGUGUACUAUCAACUAAAGUCCAUUGUCUUGAUAUUUCUGAUUUUCUUGGUACGUUUUGUGUAAUUUUUUUAAUUUUGUAUUAGGCCGCAAAGAUCUCUCCAAUCUUGAGAUGUCGACACGAAUUAGCGUUUCUUUGUGAGGACGCUGAUCGUUUGUGCCUUUAAAUACGAAACAAAUCUGCGAUUAUUCCAUUAGCAAACUAAGUAUGCAUUUUAAUUAACUCUGAUGUUUUUUAUACUUAGCGAUAUUCAUGUUCUAUUGCCACAUUUAUGCUUUUCCAGUCAGCACUAUGCAAACCUUGAUUUCGACAGAGCAUUUAAUUAUUACUCAGCCCAAUUGCGAUAAAUUUAUUUGUAAUCCGAUUAAAGUAAUGUGCAAUAAACAAGAGCAGUGAAAUGUAUUACAUGUAGGAAUAUAAAAUUGUAAUAUUUGGAAAUGUGGAAGGGAAGUGUGACACUAACGACAUUUUUGAAAUGGAUAUUUUACAAUCGGGGCAACUGCCGACAUCUGUACGGUAAGACGUUUUAGAAGUAGCUCAUUUUCAAAAUAUCCAAAUGUAAUGAACUGUUGAGUACUGAGUAAAUAUGCAUUUUGAUCUUUA